GCUCAAUGGCUUGAUUGCUCAGCGGCGAGGAAUAAACGCCCGAAUUCUCGCUGCGGGCGCAUGCGUGCUGCUGCUUCUUCAGGGGCUCCGUUAUCACUUUCUCCCAGCACACAGGUUAAGAUGGCUGCUGGGUUAAAACCGUAGAUGAAAUCCUCGUGUCUGGAAAUAGAUAAUUACUAUUUCCUUGUCCUGAGAUUGCAUGGUGACUUGCAACGGAGGGGCAGGAAAUCAUAAGUAGUAUGAGCCUAAGUAGUGCUAAAUACUUGAAACGAUAAUGCAGAAUUUAAGAAACGUAAUGGUGAAUAGGAGACCAUCAUUGCAGCUCAUCACUAGCCAAUCCCAGAAUCCACCACAGUCCAGACCUCAACUCAUCCCAGUGCCAUCGCUCUGCCAUUGCAGCCACAAUGAAGAAAGGGAUUUAUGAUGAAGCAUUAAGCAGUUUCUUUAGAAAUGUGGAUACUAGAACAGAUGGUGAUGGUGCUGACAUUUGCAAAGGAAAAAUCUGUUCUUUGAAAGCACGUGCCUUGCUGAUUGACAUGGAAGAGGGUGUUGUGAAUGAAAUUCUGCAGGGGCCAUUAAGAGAUGUCUUUGAUAGCAAGCAGCUGAUCACAGAUGUUUCUGGCUCAGGGAACAACUGGGCUGUGGGUCACAAAAUGUAUGGAUCUCAGUAUCGAGAAAGCAUUGUCGAAAGGCUGAGGAGAACUGCGGAGCACUGUGACUGUCUGCAGUGCUUUUUUAUCAUUCAUUCCAUGGGAGGGGGGACAGGAUCUGGUCUUGGUACAUUUGUAUUAAAGGUGCUUGAGGAUGAAUUUCCAGAAGUGUAUCGGUUUGUUACUUCAGUUUAUCCCUCUGGCGAAGAUGAUGUCAUUACAUCUCCUUAUAACAGUGUCUUGGCAAUGAAGGAGCUCAAUGAUCAUGCUGACUGUGUCUUGCCAAUUGAAAAUGAGUCUUUAUUUGACAUAGUUAGUAAAAUUAAUCAAAUGACCAACUGUGGAAAGCUAGGAUCAACUGUAAAGCCAACCAGCUUGGUAACAUCAAGUGUAGGUGGAAUUAAAAAUACCCAGGAGAAGCCAUUUGAUGCGAUGAACAAUAUUGUGGCUAACUUACUGUUGAACCUGACAAGCUCUGCUAGGUUUGAAGGCUCUCUUAAUAUGGAUCUUAAUGAAAUCAGCAUGAAUUUGGUCCCAUUUCCUCAACUUCAUUACCUGGUUUCCAGCCUGACUCCUCUGUAUACAUUGGCUGAUGUAAAUGUGCCUUCUCGAAGAUUGGAUCAAAUGUUUUCAGAUGCUUUUAGCAAAGAUCACCAACUCAUACGAGCUGACCCAAAGCACAGUUUGUACCUUGCCUGUGCCCUUCUAGUCAGAGGAAAUGUGCAAGUUUCAGAUCUACGUAGAAACAUUGAAAGGUUAAAACCUUCACUUCAUUUUGUCUCCUGGAAUCAAGAAGGCUGGAAAACUGGCUUAUGUUCAGUACCUCCUGUGGGCCAUUCGCACUCAUUGUUGGCACUGGCGAAUAAUACUUGUGUGAAACCUACUUUCAUAGAGCUCAAGGAGAGAUUUAUGAGACUGUAUAAGAAAAAGGCCCACCUUCACCAUUAUCUGCACAUUGAUGGGAUGGAUCAAAGCUGUUUCUCUGAAGCCCUUUCAUCUUUGUCAAGUUUAAUAGAGGACUACAAUCAGCUAGAUGCUGCUAACUGUGGACCUCCAAUGGAUCCACCAAGAUUGAAGAUAGCUAUGUAACAAUGGCACAGGAUGGGGGGGGGAUGUUGAUUUUUUUACGCUAAGACAUAAGCAAACUGUGCACAUGUAAUCCAGUCCAAUUUAAGCAUUGAAGUCUCAUUGACUUCAGUAGGGAAAAUACUGAACUUGGGCUGGGAUGUGCUCUUAAGAUUUUUAUAGAGGCUGGUUAGAUUAUCUCAAGCAACAGAAGAAAUGUUCAGUUUGGCUGACCAUUUCAUAUAAAGUGAUUUUUCUCACAUAGCACCACACUUUACUAGAUAGUUCAUGGGCACUGAAUGCUUAUCACAAGAAUUGUAAUAUUGUGAUACUUAGCAGUAUGCCCCUCCUCAUUUACUGUGAUUGUGCUUAAGUUUGGAGCACAUUUGAUGUACAUGUACAUUAUCAAAACAAACACACUUUGUAUUAUUUUGACUAUAUUUGUAAUUAUUUUUAUAAAUAUAUUUUUAUUUUCAAAAUAAAAUUCAUAGAUACAUAAAAUAUAA